AUGAAAAUAUUUUUCGCUUUAGCAACACUGUUUCUUUUUCUGUCGACGGGUAAACGGAAUAUACACCCAAAAUGGGCGAUCGUCGUCAAAAACUACGACGAGGGCACAUCGGAAAAGCCGUACGGACACGCUUUCGUCGCCGGCAUCGACAGAUAUCCCCGCAAAGUCCAUAAGAGAAUGGGCAAAAACAAAAUCCACAAGCGCUCCAAAGUCAAACCCUUCGUCAAGGUAGUGAAUUACAAUCAUUUAAUGCCAACUCGUUACUCAGUAGACUUCAGUUUCGAAAAGUUCAGUGCUAAGGACCUGAAAGACCCCGCGAAACGCAAGAAACUCCGUUUCAACACAAGAGAUAAAGUUGACCUACAGUCUUUAUCGCUGCAGAUAAGAACAUGGAGAAAAUAUUAUGUCACAAUACUCAAAUAUUCUAUUGAAGAAGCCAACAGAAGCAGUCGCAAAAUGACUUUACGCUGGGGUAUUGUAACUGCUGGCAAGAUCAGCAAUGAUUUCGUCAACGCCCUUAACUCUUACCCUGAUAAAGGAGAUCAGGAGAUUGUGGCGGUUGCCGCUAGAGACAAGAACAGAGCAUCGGAAUUCGCAAAAACACAUAAUAUUAAAAAAGUGUUCGACUCUUAUCAAGAACUAGCACGCAGUAAUGACAUUGAUAUAGCCUACAUCGGAGCGCUAAAUUCAGACCAUUAUGGACUUACGACGUUAUUCCUGGAAAACGGCAAGCAUGUUCUGUGUGAGAAACCUUUCUGCUUGAAUUACAAACAAACCCAGAGCUUGAUUAAUCUUGCCAAAAAGAAGAAACUCUUUCUGAUGGAAGCUUUGUGGGCACGUUUCGCACCUGCAUAUGUUGAUUUGGAAAAAGAUAUCAAGUCUGGAAGGCUUGGUGAAGUCAAGUUCGUCGAGGCUAACUUUGGGAUCAAUGCUAAAGACGUGGCUCGAUUAAAUACAAAAGAGCAAGGAGGUGGAGCGCUGCUAGAUCUAGGCAUAUAUUUGCUUCACCUAUCACAAUUCGUGUUUAAAGAAGAGCCUAUUAAAGUAACUGCAAUCGGUACCCUGUUUGACUCCGGUGUGGAUGAGUCAGAGACAAUCAUACUAGAAUAUAGCGGAGGCAGGAAAGCCGUACUCAACGCUAAUAGUACACUACGACUUUGGAACAAGGCCACGAUCUAUGGAACGGAGGGGCGUGUUACGUUAGAGGAUCCGUUUCAUUUUCCUUCCAAGGUAACACAGGUGGAUGGAAGUGUAAAAGUAUACAAAUUGCACUCUUCAAAUUUACCUUACGUUUUCGAGAACAGCGCUGGUUUGGUUUAUGAAGCCCUUGAAGUAGAAAGGUGUAUCAAAGCAGGACUGCUUGAGUCACCUCAGUUCGCACACAAAGACACAAUUAUGAUUUCUAAGCUCCUAGAUACCAUCCGUAAGCAACUAGGAGUGCACUUCGACGCUGAUGAUGAAGAAUAUCCCUAA